CUACGAGGUGCUUCCACCGCCACAGGAUCGGGUUGGAUCCAACGCGCGGCCGGCCGAAAACUGGGCCGGUCCGCCGGCUGCAAACAUUUCCCAUCGAAGAGAGGUAGAUCUUGCGGUGGAAAAGGUGACUGAUCCAGCCCGGGUGGAAGCCUACCAAACCAUAACCCGUUGUAGCAAUACACGCCGAGUUGCGAUGGAGCAACCCCAUUGCGUCGUGGACAUCGAACAAGGCGUCGCCGUGUGUGUGGUAUGCCUGCAGCCCUUGGGUAGCCACGGGUCGGUGCGGCCAUCGCGCUCUUUGCCCCCAAAUGCAUGGUCUCUGUCCGGGUCGCGGACAACAAAAGACAGUGCUGCGUGUGUGGAGCCUCGUGCCCCAAGGUGGUCGUCACCAGGGCCAACGCCUGGGACGCCUCGCUCCUCUCCCAGAUGCCGUUCGCGAUGCGAGAAGGCGACCACGGCCGGUACUGGUACAACAGGAGGACGGGGGGCUACUUCGACGACUACCAGCAAUAUCACGCCGUGCAACGCGCGUCCGACAUAAUACCGCUGCCCUUCUAUCAGCCCACGAUUAUGUUCCUGCUCGUUUACGCUGCCAGUUUCUUCUUUGGAGGAGUUCUCGGCCAUGCCUUGGCGAUGAAUGCAAAGCAUACAUGGUCCAGAGUGAUGGCUUAUGCUGUGUGCAUUUUGGUUUGCCUGAUCAUAGCUAGCUCCUUAUGGUGCGGGCCCAGGUACUGCUGUAACGUGGAGGAAUCCAAAAACGCCGAGAUGGACCAAACUUCAGGCAAUAGGAAUUGAAUUAGUACGUGAAUUUUGCUAAUUAGUAUGUGCUCAUGAGCAAACCGUCAUUAGCUACCUACAUAGGCUGCUGGGUGUGUCCACCGCCUUAGUACUUGUAUAUAGCCUACAA